AUGGCUGGAAAUAAUGCUGAGGAAGUUGAAGGUUCAGCAGGCGUUGAGAGCAAAGCCAAUACUACCACAGAAAUUCCACCGGAAUUCUUGAUAAAACAUCCGCUUCAAAACACAUGGAGUCUUUGGUUCUAUGAUAAUGACAGAACAAAAUCAUGGGAAGAGAAUCAAAUUGAGCUGACAUCAUUUGACACGGUAGAAGACUUUUGGAGAUUGUAUCACCACAUCAAAUUGCCUUCAGAACUUCGUCAAGGUCAUGAUUAUGCAGUUUUCAAACAAGGCAUACGCCCAAUGUGGGAAGAUGAUGCUAACAAAAUGGGAGGUCGCUGGUUGAUCAGUCUUGAAAAGAAACAACGGAACUCUGAUUUGGAUCGAUUUUGGUUGGAUGUGGUCCUUCUUUUAAUCGGCGAAAAUUUCGAGCAUUCUGAAGAAAUAUGUGGGGCAGUUGUGAAUGUUCGGGCGAAGCUUGAUAAAAUUGGCGUAUGGACAGCAGAUACUUCAAAGCAACAAGCCAAUUUGGAAAUAGGCAGGAAACUAAAAGAGCAGCUAGGUAUUCAUGGGAAAAUUGGUUUCCAACUCCAUCGAGACACCAUGGUCAAACAUAGCUCUGCUACCAAGAAUCUAUACACUGUC